AACAACAAUAAUACAAAAAUGGAACCUCAGCUUCACGUCCUCAUUCUCAUUCUCUAGACUCACUCCUACUCUCUCUUUCUCUCUUCGGAGAUUCAACGCCGCCGUUUCGGAACCCUUUCCCCUUCGCUGCUUCCUUUCCAAAAGGGGGAAAAUCAAUUUACGCGGUAAUCAAUUACCCGAUUUUGCCACCAAUUUUUCUGCAGCGGAUGAAAUUGGGGACAAACGCAAAUUGGAUCUAAGCAGGAAACAGAAAUUACAUUUGAGAAUAAAGAUUCGGAGUAUAGUGUAGGUAUUGUUCUUGAUACUGUUCUGAAUUAGUUGGAUGGCGGAGAAAUCCUGCAUCAAGCGCCUUCAGAAGGAAUAUAGAGCCCUUUGUAAAGAGCCAGUCUCCAAUGUCGUGGCUCGUCCUUCUCCGAGUGAUAUUCUUGAGUGGCAUUAUGUCUUGGAGGGAAGCGAAGGAACACCUUUUUCAGGUGGAUAUUACUAUGGAAAAAUCAAAUUUCCCCCUGAAUAUCCAUACAAACCUCCUGGAAUCAGCAUGACUACGCCCAAUGGACGGUUCAUGACACAGAAAAAAAUCUGUUUGUCUAUGAGUGAUUUUCAUCCAGAAACUUGGAAUCCUAUGUGGUCUGUAUCAAGCAUACUUACAGGGCUUCUUUCAUUCAUGAUGGAUACCAGUCCAACCACUGGCAGUGUUACCACCACUACUGCUGAGAAGCAGCGUCUAGCAAAAUCUUCCCUUUCUUUCAAUUGUAAGAAUGCAACAUUCAGGAAAAUGUUCCCCGAGUAUGUGGAGAAGUACAACCAGCAGCUGCUUUCUGAGCAAGUUGCAUCUGAGCAGGUGUCAUCAGAAAUGUCUCAUGUCAAAAGUUCAAGACCUGUUUUGGAAAGGAGUUUAGAUUCCGCUGGAGAAGACGUGAAAAUGGUAGAUGGGAAAGAUGUGAGGAAAAAUAGGAAGCGACCAUUUCCAACGUGGAUGAUGCUAUUACUCUUCUCCAUCUUUGGGGUUGUAAUGGCGUUACCUCUGCUUCAGCUGUGAUUAUAGGCGUGAGUUGUCAUGAAACUAGUUCUAUAUGCUUAGUUUUGGCAUGCUUAACAAGAUUUGUAUAGGUAAAUGAUGGACAUGGAGGCCGCGUUAAAUCUUUUGGUUUAUUUUACUCCUUUGUGUCUUUUGCUAACUUCUUGGUAGUCAAUGCUAAGAAGUUCUGUGCUUGAUACUCGUACCUGUUCCUCUAAAAUGUUUGGAGGUUUGUCUUGUGGUCUUUGUUGGUAAACAUACUGCAUAUGCUGCUUGGGUGUAUGGUCUACCUUCUACAUUUUAGAAUCGGUAAAUUAUAUCUGAUAAAGUCAUAAAUGUAAUUCGCCUUUGCUGCUUUA